AUCGCCACAGUAUAUAGUUGUUUCGCCAGCAACACCAGAAGAAGAAGUACCCCUCAGGAUUUACAGGUCGGGGAAACACUGGAUUUAGAGAACCAGAACCUUAUAAUAUCCCUUAAAAAUCGCUAUCUGGCCAUUUCGCCAACAACACCAGAGGAAGAA